AUGCCAAGUGUUCCAAUAUGUGACCAAUUAGAAAGUAGGGUUUGGGCUAAGGCUCAGGUUGCCUGGCCUGGUGGUGACACGAUUUGGGGGAAGAUCAUUCACGAGGAAGUUCCAGCCAAAAUCAUUUAUGAGGAUGACCAGUGUCUCACUUUCCAUGACAUUUCCCCUCAAGCACCAACUCAUUUUCUGUUGAUACCCAGGAAACAAAUAUCCCAGAUUUCUGUAGCAGAAGAUAAUGGUGAAAGUCUUCUUGGACAUUUAAUAAUUGUUGGCAAGAAAUGUGCUGCUGAUCUGGGCCUGAAGAAGCGUUAUCAAAUGGUGGUGAAUGAAGGUUCAGAUGGGGGACAGUCUGUCUAUCGUGUUCAUCUCCAUGUUCUUGGAGGUCAGCAGAUGAAUUGGCCUCCUGGUUAAGUGUGUUGUAGGGAUAAUUUUCCCUUCUCUAUUCAG